AUGCGCCAAGCUAACCGUAUAUCGACUCGUGGUCUUAUCCUUAACCACAAGCUCUCUUCUCUUUGAUAUGCUACAUGUAGAAGUAACGUUAUCCAUUUGCAGUUUGACAAAAAAUGGCAAUUAACUGCUCUACCUGUUCAAAUUCUACUGUAAGUUUAAGUUCUGUUCGGUUAGAAUCUAGGAGCCCUAGGAUUUUCUCUUUAAAUUUCAAUUCAUCGCAAAAUGGAUCGUCUCCGAGAAAGCCCUUCCUUCGCAUUGUUUCAGCUAAUGCCACUCCGAAAGCGCGAUUUAUUGCCCGGCGGAAAGAGUCCGUUUGGGUCCGGCAACUUGGGCGUCCUCUAAUUGAGUAUAUGAGCUUGCCAGCAAGUCAAUACUCGGUGUUGGAUGCGGAGAGAAUAGAGAGAAUAGACGACAACACGUUUAGGUGUUAUGUAUAUAGGUUUAAUUUUUUUGCUUUCGAGGUUUGUCCUGUCUUACUUGUUAAAGUUGAAGAGCAGCCUAAUGGUUGUUGCAUUAAGCUCUUAUCUUGUAAGCUUGAGGGAUCGCCUAUGGUGGUUGCACAGAAUGAGAAGUUUGAUGCUUCAAUGGUGAAUUAUAUCUCAUGUGAUAGCAGCCAAAACAACUCCUCUGAGCAACAACUUACUUCUGAUGCAGUAAUUGAGGUUAGCAUUGAUGUCCCUUUUGCAUUCAGUGCAAUUCCAGUUCAAGCAUUAGAAUCGACUGGAUCAAGAAUCCUUGAACAAAUACUUGCGCUUAUGCUUCCACGCUUUAUGGCACAGCUUGUUAAAGACUAUCAAGCAUGGGCGUCUGGUGAUGCCUCGAGGCAGCCUCUUGGAACAGGUGAAAUUUGAGACUGGGAAGCAGCACGGGCUACUGUGGCAUUUGAAUGUAUAGUCUUCUUCAACAGUGAGAUCACUUGUCCAUGGAUUACCAAUAGGCAGUGAGAAUCCUAUCUACCUUAUGUCUUCCUUUUCUAUCAUUCCAUAGCUAUGUCUUAAUCCUGGAUUUUUAAAGAAAGAAAAUAUUCAAGUGAUGA